UAGCCGUGCCGUGGAGUGAGGGCCCCUCCCUGUCACCCAUGCUCAUUCAGGAAGCAUCUUUGUGUAUAACCCUUUGCAGCUUCCCCCCCCCCCAGCCCGGGGUAGUGGGCCGCACACGGAGGUGCACCGGCCCCCUAGGAAAGCACCAGGUUGGGAGGCAUGGGCCUCAGACGGGGCCUCUGCAGCCAGGGCGCACCCGCCUGUUUGGGCUGAGCUGAGCCUUUGUUCCGGGGCACGAGCACGUCUGUGCCCCAGACCCGCUCCAGAGGACCAGCCCUGAGGCCACACCGGGCUCCAGGCCAGAACGUCUCCUGGUGCGUGAGGUUUGCGCUGCCCCGGGAGAGGGUAGGGUGAGCAGCCGCGUCUCUUCUCUAGACUGCUGCUACCUGCCUGUCGUGCUAGCGACUGCUGGGUCUCUGGGUUUGGGGAGGUGGCGCAGCUAACCGGGGAAUGUGCCGCCCCGAAAAACCCAGGGGCAGGGACUUGCCCUGUCCCGCCGCUCGCUCAGGGCCCCUGGUCACUUGCGGCCAGUGUUGGUCUGUAAGCUUAGCCCUGCCUUCGGCACGCAGGCUGUGGCCACAUCGCCAGGUAAGGAUGCCGCCCGCAGGGCUAGAGGAGGCACCUCCACGCCUGGGGUACUUCCCGCAGAGCCCGGGGGCGGUGGCCUGCGGAAGGCAAAGCACCCGGGCCUCGCGGGGCCUGGACUUCUGCCGGAGGUUCUUCCUGCUGCAGCUUGUGGCUGACUACCCCUCCGCCCCAGGUGUCCAGCCUGCCUGCGGGAGGUGGCUGCUAGCCGCCCACCCUGUCAGAAAGGGACCCCACUCGCUUCAGCUUUUGUUCCAGACAGUGAGCGUGUCUCUGCCACCUCUGACCCAGGCGCUCGCCACGCCCCCGUUAUGGGCCACCCUGUCUGGGUGCGGGCUGGGGUGGGCCUCCCGUGGCUGGGGCUCCGCCUCACGUGCCCAGAGAAGCCACAGGGGCCGUGGAGGCUGGGGGCUCAGAGUCUGCCUCCUGCCCGCCUGCGAUCCAGCUCUCUGCCCACGUCUCUUCUUUCUGCUGCCGCGUCGUCUGAAGUGGUCUUGCUUUUCAUCCCAGUGUUUUAUGUUUCAGUUUGUAGUGUUUUAACCCAACAGUUGUGGCUACUCAUGGUGAGGAAUGGCCGCUAGGAGUUUGGGUUCUUUGCAUUUGGAGGUCACUGCCACACGUUGGUGUUUGGGAGGUUGAGAGGUUUGCCGCUAGUGUCCACAGGAUGAGAUGUCCGAGUCAGGCCAGUCUUCGGCGGCUGCCACACCCAGCACCACGGGCACCAAGUCCAACACGCCCACGUCCUCCGUGCCCUCGGCCGCGGUCACACCGCUCAACGAGAGCCUGCAGCCCCUGGGGGACUACAGCGCCGGCACGAAGAGCAGCAAGCGGGCACGGGAGAAGCGCAACAGCCGCAACAUGGAGGUCCAGGUCACGCAGGAGAUGCGGAACGUCAGCAUAGGCAUGGGCAGCAGUGAUGAGUGGUCUGAUGUUCAAGACAUUAUUGAUUCCACCCCAGAGCUGGACAUGGGUCGGGAACCCCGUCUUGAUCGCACGGGCAACAGCCCAACCCAGGGGAUCGUGAACAAGGCUUUUGGCAUCAACACUGACUCCCUGUACCACGAGCUGUCGACUGCAGGGUCAGAGGUCAUCGGGGACGUGGAUGAAGGAGCCGACCUGCUAGGGGAGUUCUCAGUGCGCCAUGAUUUCUUUGGAAUGGGCAAGGAAGUGGGGAAUCUGCUGCUGGAGAACUCACAGCUUCUGGAAACCAAAAAUGCGCUGAAUGUGGUGAAGAAUGACCUCAUUGCCAAGGUGGACCAGCUGUCCGGGGAGCAGGAGGUGCUCAGGGGGGACUUGGAAGCCGCCAGGCAGGCCAAACUCAGGCUGGAGGGCCGCAUCAAGGACCUGGAGGAGGAGCUGAGGAGAGUGAAGUCCGAGGCCGUCACUGCCCGCCGUGAGCCCAAAGAAGACGUGGAGGAUGUAAGCAGCUAUCUCUGUACAGAACUGGACAAGGUCCCCAUGGCACAGCGUCGUCGCUUCACGCGGGUGGAGAUGGCCCGUGUGCUCAUGGAGCGCAACCAGUACAAGGAGAGGUUGAUGGAGCUCCAGGAGGCCGUGCGGUGGACCGAGAUGAUUAGAGCAUCCCGAGAGCAUCCGUCUGUCCAGGAGAAGAAGAAGUCCACCAUCUGGCAGUUCUUCAGCCGCCUCUUCAGCUCCUCGUCCAGCCCCCCUCCGGCCAAGCGGUCCUAUCCCUCGGUGAACAUCCAUUACAAGUCUCCCACCACGGCCGGCUUCAGCCAGCGCCGCAGCCACGCCAUGUGCCCCAUCUCUGCUGGCAGCCGGCCUCUGGAGUUCUUCCCUGAUGAUGACUGCACGUCCUCCGCCCGCCGGGAGCAGAAGCGCGAGCAGUACCGCCAGGUGCGCGAGCACGUGCGCAACGACGAUGGGCGGCUGCAGGCCUGCGGCUGGAGCCUGCCGGCCAAGUACAAGCAGCUGAGUCCCAAUGGAGGCCAGGAGGACACGCGGAUGAAGAAUGUGCCUGUCCCCGUGUACUGCCGCCCUCUGGUGGAGAAAGAUCCAACCAUGAAGCUGUGGUGUGCCGCGGGUGUCAACCUGAGUGGGUGGAAACCGAGUGAGGACGACUCUGGGAACGGAGUCAAGCCCAUGCCAGGCCGUGACCCUCUGACCUGUGACCGGGAAGUGGAAGGAGAGACCAAGAGCAAUCACACGUCCCCCGAAAAGAAGGCGAAGGAGCUCCCCGAGCCGGACGCCACGUGCAGCCGUGUGUGGAUCCUCACCAGCACCCUGACCACCAGCAAAGUGGUCAUCAUCGAUGCCAACCAGCCCGGCACCGUGGUGGACCAGUUCACCGUCUGCAAUGCCCACGUCCUGUGCAUCUCCAGCAUUCCAGCGGCCAGUGACAGUGACUACCCUCCGGGGGAGAUCUUCCUGGACAGUGACGUGAACCCUGAGGAUUCCGGUGCCGACGGCGUGCUGGCGGGCAUCACCCUCGUGGGCUGCGCCACCCGUUGCAACGUGCCCCGCAGCAACUGCUCCUCCCGGGGGGACACUCCAGUGCUGGACAAGGGCCAGGGGGAGGUGGCUACUGUCGCCAACGGAAAGGUCAACCCAUCUCAGUCCACGGAGGAAGCCACGGAAGCCACGGAGGUGCCAGACUCUGGGCCCAGUGAGACAGAGGCAGCCGCGGUGCGGCCUGGGCCCCUCACGGAGCAUGUCUUCACCGAUCUGGCCCCUACCCCGGCCCCCAGCACCCAGCCUGGCAGCCAUCCUUCCUGCAGCGAGAAUGGGUCGGAGGCCGACACAGGUGGGGUGCAGCCCGAGCCGGAGCCCAGCGCAGACCCCGCAGGGGCCAGCAAUAGCGCUGCCCCAACCAUGUGGCUGGGAGCCCAGAACGGCUGGCUCUACGUGCACUCAGCCGUGGCCAACUGGAAGAAGUGUCUGCACUCCAUCAAGCUGAAGGACUCCGUGCUGAGCCUGGUGCACGUGAAAGGGCGAGUACUGGUGGCCCUGGCCGACGGGACACUGGCCAUCUUCCACCGAGGCGAAGACGGCCAGUGGGACCUGAGCAACUACCACCUGAUGGACCUCGGCCACCCCCACCACUCCAUCCGCUGCAUGGCUGUCGUGUGCGACCGCGUCUGGUGCGGCUACAAGAAUAAGGUGCACGUCAUCCAGCCCAAGACAAUGCAGAUCGAGAAAUCAUUCGAUGCCCACCCGCGGCGGGAGAGCCAGGUGCGGCAGCUGGCGUGGAUCGGCGACGGCGUGUGGGUGUCCAUCCGCUUGGACUCCACGCUGCGGCUCUACCACGCUCACACCCACCAGCACCUGCAGGACGUGGACAUCGAGCCCUAUGUCAGCAAGAUGCUGGGCACAGGCAAGCUGGGCUUCUCCUUCGUGCGCAUCACAGCCCUGCUCAUUGCGGGCAACCGCCUCUGGGUGGGCACCGGCAACGGAGUGGUUAUCUCCAUCCCGCUGACCGAGAGUGAGUGCCCUCCCGACAUCUGCACAGCCGUGGUCCUGCACCGAGGCCAGCUCCUGGGGCUCCGAGCCAACAAAACGUCCCCCACGUCUGGGGAGGGAGCCCGCCCAGGGGGCGUCAUCCACGUGUAUGGCGACGACAGCAGUGACAAGUCGGCCAGCAGCUUCAUCCCCUACUGCUCAAUGGCCCAGGCUCAGCUCUGUUUCCACGGGCACCGCGAUGCUGUCAAAUUUUUUGUGUCUGUGCCAGGGAACGUGCUGGCUACUCUCAACGGCAGCGUGCUCGACAGCCCGUCUGAGAGCCCCGGGCCCGCCGCCCCGGCCUCAGACACCGAGGGCCAGAAGCUGCAGAACGUGCUGGUGCUGAGCGGUGGGGAGGGUUACAUCGACUUCCGUAUCGGAGACGGAGAGGAUGACGACACAGAGGAGAGCACCGGGGACGUGAGCCAGGUGAAGCCCCUGCUGUCCAAGGCAGAGCGCAGCCACAUCAUCGUGUGGCAGGUGUCCUACAGCCCCGAGUGAGGCUCCGGCCUCCGCCGCCCCGCCUGCCCGGCGCCGUGUACAUACAGCCCCACCCGCCUGCCCACUGCCCGCCCCGCAGGCAGCCCGGCGCCCGCCCCUCUUAUAACCUCUCAAGCUGCAGCUUUCACCUUAGGGCCAGGCCUCUUCGAGGGCGGACCGCAGCGCGGGUCUGGCUGGGAGGGCGGUGGGGGAGCGGUGUGGCACCCUCGCCAGGAGGGGAAGAACCUCUCGGACACCGGCCCCAGCAGCUUCUGUCUGGACCCGAUCCCAAGUUCUCAUGUCCCGGGGGUACUUGAGGGCCAAAGCAAGGCAGGAUCUUGGGGUAGGUCGGGCCGGGAGAAGGCCCUGUGGAUGGCCCCCAGCUGCACCCUGGGCCCCCCCACUUCCCUCACUCCCAGGACCCCCCAAGGCAGCAAGCAGGGACUUCAGCCCGCCAAGUCUUCCCAGCCAGAGCCCACCUGCCUUUGCCUGCUGCCUGAAGGGGUGGUAGGGAGCCGGCCCAGCCACGAGCCUUCCCUGGACAACCCCCGCCCACACCCUCAUGCCUGCCCCGGGAAUUGGCAUGGAAACACGUAGCCAGGCUGCCUAAGGCAGCUGCUUGAGAAGAUGGAGACAGAUGCCCUCUUCCUGCUCACCCCGUGUGCCCGGCUCUCUCGGGCUCCUCAUGGGCAGAAGACCCACCUGGUAGGAGUCCUCCCCCUCCCAGAUCCCCUAGGGUGGAAUUUCUCAGGCUGCCAAGGCAGACCCAGGCCUCAGGAAGAAGGGGAGGCCCCUGGCCUCUCCUGGGGUCAGUCCUAGGACACAGGCUCAGCCUCCAGGUGACAGGGGGGCACGUGGUCCGGGGCCUGCCUCCCACACAGUCUCCAAGGAGCCCGGCUCCCAAGACACACUAUGAAGUGCCUAGGGCUGGCAGUGUGGCCUACUCCCUUGAGGGUAACUGAAGACAGCCUGUGAGGGCUGGGGCAGCAGCUGCCUCCAGCGGGCUCUAGGCGUGGAUGCCUGCCGGCUUAGCAGGGUGCCGCCCUGGACUGCCACCUCCCUGACCUGCCCAGGUCCAGGCCUUACUCCUGCUCGAGAGGCCCUGCAGCCCACCCACCUCCCACCAGAGAAGCACAGAUCUGGGGCAGCCACCCCACAAGCCCAGCCAGCCACCGCCACAGCCACGUGCAGCUGCAGGCUUCUCCCCACCACCCUGCCACUCUCCACUGUGAUGUACGUCCAGUCCCUUGUCUGUUCCCACGGGGCUGUGAAGUGACUCGGGGGCUAGCCGGGUGGGUGCAGCUGGGGGAAGGGGCUGGGUGGUGAUUCUCCUCAGGCUUUGGCCCUGCAAGCGAACCCACGUAUCUGCUCUGUAUGUAAUAAAUGUCUUAACAUCGUAGCUCCGUGUCCCUGGGUCCAGACCAGGGGGAGCGUUAA